GCCUUUCGGCAACGUGUUCGUACGAGGUGUUUCGACGAUUGUGUCUGUGAACUCGUGCGGAAUUGUUGUUAGCAUAUUGCAGACGCAUCUUUCUGCUGGCCAAAUCUUCAUCGAUGGUAGGAAAUGGCCACAGUGGCUAGAACGAACAGCAGCACGCAGCCAGGAGCCAGCGGGCCCCGCACAUUGUCGGCUGGGGAUACGAUCGACAUCGAUGGCGUGACCUACAUGCACCCAAUGUGCGUCAACAUCUGGGUGGACGACGUGAAGGCAUGGCCAAGUGUGUCCAGUGCCCACAUUGUGUGCUACCUCAUAAGGAGCAAGGCAUGUGACCUCAAGGAAGCAGAGGCAUACAAAAGCCUAGACUCCUACAAUUUUGUGCAGAGUGGCUGGGUUGGCCAGGUGCUUUGUCACAAUGUUAACAAAGACGUUGUGUACCUCAAGGCGGAUGUUCGACCCUCGCAGGCCAUAAAUCAAAAGCCUUGGACAGCAUGGGCUUGUGUCAGGCACACCGGCCAGGUAAUCACUGCUGGAUGCUCAUGUAUGGCUGGGAAAGCAAGGGUUUGCAGCCAUGUUGGUGCACUACUGUGGAAAGUCGAUAUGGCUGUCACGUCAGGAAUGACCGGCACAUCAUGUACUGACCAAGCAGCUCAGUGGAACAGGGGAACAAAGAGGAAUGUGGAACCUGUCCUGCUUGAAGAUAUGGACUUUAAGCUCCAAAAACAAACUGUGGAAUCCGAAAAUAAAGCACCAAAACCCUCAAGAAAGUUUCAUCACUUCGGAAAUGAUGAAGAGCUGAUAAACUACAUCAGGAGCAAACCAUUCUCAGAUCUCUUCAACAUUCCAGCUCUUUAA